GAUAAAAGGGCCGGCAUGGGCGCGUUUAAGUUUAUCUAUGGUAGAACAAUUGCGAUAAUAAUAAAAUGCAAUAUUGGAGUACAUUAGAGCGAUUUAGAAAACAAAUUAAAAAAAGAUAUAAAAUAGUAAAAUAAUUCUUAUAUUUCUAGUGCUUGUUCAUAAAGUGUAAUAAAGUGAAUGGAAGUAAGGUGAAAUAGAUAACACAAAACUAUCUCUCAAUCAAUUAUAACUUCCGUCUUAACGUGGAGGGAAUAUAUAUUAGAUAAUAUAUUUGGACGAACUCUCCAAUGCUUCGGCAACAAUGCUGCACUUCUGAUGAAGCUUGCUCGAAUGAAGGGUAGCCUGGUUUUGCUGCGGAGGCUUAUUAAUCGGGCCAAACGAACAGUCCAGCGCCGAUAUUUAAGCCUGACGACGAUGGCGAAGAGCAAAUUCGAGUACGUCAAGGAUUUCGAACGGGACGACAACUGUUUGCAAAAUUGUUGGAUCGUAAUUAGGAUAGAUGGCAGAAAUUUCUCCAGAUUCUGCGAGAUUCAUCACUUCGUCAAGCCGAACGAUGUGCUGGCCUUGGAUCUGAUGAAUCAAGCUGCUAUCUCGGUCAUGGAAGACUUCAAAGAGAUUAUACUAGGCUACGGUCAAAGUGACGAGUACUCAUUUGUCUUUCGCAAGGACACACAACUCUAUAAACGCAGAGCAUCGAAAUUAUUGUCCAAUGUAAAUUCAUUAUUUGCUUCGGCGUACGUUUAUCACUGGCCACGAGUCUUCAGGGGUAAAGAAUUAUAUUAUCCGCCAUCGUUCGACGCUCGUGUUGUAUUGUAUCCGACAGAUAAGAAUUUAAGAGACUACUUAGCUUGGCGACAGGCUGACGUACAUGUCAAUAACUUAUACAACACUUGCUUUUGGAAUCUCAUUUUAAAAGGAAAAUUAACUCCAAGUCAGGCAGAAGAAAAGCUUAGAGGCACUCUAGCAUCGCACAAAAAUGAGUUACUUUUCCAAGAGUUUGGUAUAAAUUAUAAUAAUGAAUUACCAUUGUUCCGGAAGGGUACAACGCUGAUCCGGAAAUUGGUGCCGGACGGUACAGGAAAAUUAAAAACUGCUAUUGUACCCUUAGUAGACGAUAUUAUCGGCGACCGUUUUUGGAAAGAGAAUCCCGAAGUAAUCGGUUUGAAGAGUUUAACGACUUAUCAACCAUCGUAUUUAGUGAAUAGUAAUGCGACAUCCGUGCCUCCUUCACCCACCGUAACAAAACACGGAAAUAAGGUUUCGUCACAAGUGAUCAAUGUGAAUUCGAAGGAGGAAGCACACCCUAACAGAAACAGAGAGACAGACGGAGAUCGAAUGCAGUGCGAGAGUGAACGCAGAAAAUAAAUUUGUAUUUUCUUCCUUUUUGUAUAUAAUAAAAUAGUAUCAGAAUUGUAUCUAUAUUUUAUAGUAAGAGAUUUCUAUAGCAGAUUCAUUAAGGCUCCUGGGUCCUCGUCGCGGUAAUGUUAGAUUGUGACGUCAUAGGCGAGGAACCAGAAACCUUAAAAUUUUAUCAAGAGAAUCCUAUUAAUAAAUAAAAGAAUGCUGCAGCAAAGGAAGAAACUUCCUUAAAAAAUAUGAUAUGAUACAUGUAGUGUACAUAAAGUUAAAAAUUAUU